AUGCCGCCGCCGCCGCUGCAGCGAACAAACGCGCGUCGGCCAUGGUGUCCUCGAGCGGGCCCCAAGUGUCCCAACAAGCACUGCACGAACCCCAAAGUCGUCGACGGCAUCUGCCACGGGUGUGGUCGCAUCGCUGAGGAGAGCAACAUUGUGGCCGAGGUCCAGUUCGGCGAGACGUCCUCCGGUGCUGCCAUGGUGCAGGGUAGCUACAUCUCGGCCGACCAGGGCGGUGCGCGGACGUUUGGCCCCGGAGGUCGCGGUGCCGGCUCGAGCCAGCGCGACAAGACCAUCAUUGACGCCAAGAACCUCAUCCACGGCUACGUCUGGCGUCUCGCUGGCAAUCCCCGCCCGCACAUUGUCGACAAGGCCGUCGCCACGUUUAAGCUCGCCAUGGGCCAGGGCUUUACCCAGGGCCGUACCCUUCAGAUGGUCUGCGCCGCCUGCAUCUACUACGCCUUUCGGUCGCAGGAGAGGGUCGAGGGCAACGAGCGCGAGACGCAGUUUGUCAUGAUGCUCGAUCUCGCCGACCUGACGCGGCUCAACGUCUUUCGUCUCGGCCGCUGCUUCAAGGCGCUCGUCAACAAGGUGCCCAUUGGCAGUCUCGCCUGCACCAUUUUCCCCGAAGACAUCAUUCACCGGCUGGCGACCAAGCUCGACUUUGGACCGCAGACCGACAAGGUCGCCGAGGAUGCCGUUCGCCUCAUCACAUCGAUGCGCAGGGACUGGAUCAUCAUGGGUCGUCGACCGUCAGGUAUCUGCGGUGCCUGCCUAUUGAUGGCCGCGCGCAUGAACAACUUCCGCCGUACCAUGCGCGAGGUCGUCUACAUUGUCAAGGUCACGAGCCAUACGAUUCAGGAGCGCAUGAAGGAGAUUGGGAGAGCGCGGGACCCCCUUCGCAUGAUCCGCCUUCCUUCUACCGACCACUCGGACGAGUACAAGAAGAAGAUCGAGGAGAAGCGACGCAAGCGCAAGCGCACCACCGGCGACGACGGUUCAGACCGCGACGGCAGCGUACUCGAGUCUCCAGCGCCACCGCCGAUCCGAACGGGGCCCGACCUGUCAUCGGUGCCGUGCCCGAGCGCCUCCUACCUCCGCGACAAGGACGGCUAUCUCAUCCCGCCCGUGCCGCCGCCCGAGCCGACGUCGGCUGAAGACAGGGUCCUCAACGGGCAGCUCGACGGCGAGGACGAGAGCAACUUUCCGGCGCUCGUGGAUGCGUUUGGCGACGACAAGAGCAAGGCCCGCGGUGUCGCCGGCAACGCCAAAGGCCGGCCGCCAAAACACCCGCUGCCGAUCAACGAGGAGUGGGUGGACGACGAGGAGAAUAUGGAGGAGCAGAUCUCGGAAAUCAUGAACGACCCCGAGACGAUGCAGCAUGCCGCAGCCUACGCCAGCGCCGAGCAGCGCGCACGUCUCCACGCCGACUGGGCGCUGCAGUACGAGCCCAGCAAGACCGUCUCGAUGGCGCCCGAGGUCCUCGAGGACGAGUUUGCCGACGACGUCGAGGUCAUGAACGCGCUGCUGUCGCCCGAGGAGGUCAAGCUCAAGGAGAUUGUGUGGGUCAACGAGAACCAGGACUGGCUGCGCAAGAACCAGCAGCGCGAGUUUGACAGGAAGCUCGAGGCCGGCAAGCCCAAGCGGCCCCGCAAGCGCAACAAGCCGCGUCUCGGCGAGGCCCAGACGUCGCCCGCCAGCACCCCGAUCGAGGCUGCCCAGAACGUCAUGAAGCACCACGGCAUGUCGAAGCGUCUCAACUACGAUGCCAUUUCGAGUCUCCUCAACAGCGGCCCAGGCGGCGGGCCCGGCACGGCCACAGGCACGGCCAGCGGGCAAACAAGCCAGGCCAACAGCGUGCUUGGUGAUGCGUUCCGCGACCGGGAGAUUGAGCCAGAGGAGGAGGAGGACGACGACGACGACGAAGAGGCUAUCGGCGAGGGCGAAGGAGGUGGCGAGGGCGAAGAGUACGGCGAAGAAUACGACGAGGACUACAACGAGUACGAGGAGAACUACGACGACGAAUACGACCAGCCGGAGAAUGACGAGUAA